AUGUUACUGCAAGGGCACCUCAAAGAGUUGCUAAGCGACAAGGGAAGGAGCACCUUCGCCAGGGGUCGAGAGCGUCAAGGCCCACCAAUGCCGCCCUCACCAGCUCGCACCAUCAUUAUAAUUAUUGGCGGCAGCCACGAUGCCUCCAUCAAAGAUAUUGAUGUCAAACUUAUCAUGGUAGACGAUGGAAAUGGAGCAUGCAUUAUCCAUCCCCGAGUUCUUGACCAGAUGAGACUCAAUGACAAGAUAGUGCCACGCUGCAUCACACUAACUGGUUUUAAUAAUGCAAUUGAACGAACAUCGGUAGAAAUUACACUCCCCGUCCUCACCGGCGGCAUCACUCUGAAGACAACAUUCCACAUAAUGGACCAAGCCGCCAUAUACAAUGCCAUAGUAGGACGCCCAUGGAUACAUCUCAUGAGAGCCGUCCUCUCCAGCUUAUACCAAGUGAUCAAGUUCCCAACACUUUGGGGAAUAUUCAGCAUACACGGAGAACAACGCACAUCCCGAGAAUGCUACUGCAUCGCCAUGGAUAGCAUGACAACCCAACAAAAUAAAGAUAAGGAAAAAGAAGCAUAG